GCAGAGCCUUUGCACUCAUUCUCUGGUUCUGCUAUAAAGAGAGGAGCUGGACAGAUCCCUCCACAACUCAUCCUUCAAGCCUUCCAGACCAUUCUCCAGAGAAACGUGCUCCAGACCCACCAGCAAUGGACCCCAACUGUGACUGCGCAAAUGGUGGCUCUUGCACCUGCGGUGACUCCUGCAAAUGCAAAUCAUGCUCCUGCACCUCUUGUAAGAAAAGCUGCUGCUCCUGCUGCCCAGUGGGAUGUGCCAAGUGUGCCCAGGGCUGUGUCUGCAAAGCCCCCCAGACUGAGAGUUGCAGCUGCUGUCACUGAUGUUCCCACCUCCCUGUGCCUGUAGAUAGAGGAAUCUGUAUAUGUUCAUGCACCAUGAGUGUUUUUCUACUUUUUCCCUUUGAAAUGUGUAAAUGAAAAUAAACUGACAAUGUUUUUUCUAUA